ACAACUUUAAUAACUUUAAAUAGCAUUCGGCUAAACGCAAAUUAUUGCAGCGUUGUCAAGGAAACAAGAAAAACAACAUUGAACCAACACAAGAAUUAUAGUCGAAGCCUCAAUUUUCCUUCCGGUGCAGUAAUCGCCAAAAAGGAUUCAAUUUAUUCUGGCCAAAUCUGUGGACUUCUCUACGGAUGCCGCACACCGCAAGCGGCACCACGCCUUCGGCCAACAGAUUAAAAUAUUAUUCUUACAAGUGAACAUACAUAUACUUUCGCACAACACGGCCUUAAAUUACGCCUUAUAGCAUUUUCGAAACAUAAAAAUAUUUCAAUGGUCUUUGGGAUGCUUUGAACAUGUAGCAGCGAAGGAUGUCGUUAUCAUAUGACAAAUCGGGUGUAUAAAAUAAUAACUAGCAGGAUGUAAUCUUCAAAGAGAAACUACCAAAUAAUUUGAACAAAGAGUUGCCUUCAUUUAUGUAAACUAAGAUCUAGUCAAGAGUAUUUUAGCACAAAACCACAAAAUAGCGCUCAAACAAACACAGCACCUAAAAUAAUUUAUAUACACACAACAACAACUUUAUACACACUAUAUAUACAUAUAUAUAGUACGAUACGAAUAUAGUAAUAAAGAGUAGAAAAUAAUUAACCAAAAAACUAAGAGCAACAAACAUCGAAACCGAGCACGAGUGCGUGUUGUUACCAGCUAUUAUGACCACACGACUUGCAACACAGCGAAACUUUAUACUCUCAACGAAUGCGAAUGUGGCGCCAAACGCGGUCGAUGCCACUGCAGCCACGUCCGGUGUCAACGCGACCGUGGACGAUGUCAAUGUUGCAACCGUGAAUGUAUUGUCAACACGGGAUAUCAAGCAUGAGGAGAUUGCCACCGAAAUCGCAAAUGCUUGCUCAUCCUCGUCGAAUGCCGAGCACUUUGAAUAUAUCGAUACGACGGUGGACGUUGUGUCCGCAGCCAAUAUGGAGGAUGUCAUCACACAACAAAACAAACUGGUGGGCAAUGAACAGAAUGAAGCCGUGGCGCUUAUCAGCGUCGUGGUGCCGAUGGAUGCCUCCGAUUCCACUGGCAGUGAGACACAUGUCAAUAUGUCAGAUUUAAGUGCAAUUAAAGAUAACGCUGACUUGUCGCAACAUGUGGCCAACGGGCAAGUGACGCUAGUGCAGGCGCAGACAGCGGACGGUGACGAGGGCACACCACAAUACAUUACCGUUACAGUGUCGGCGCAGGAUGCUGGCCAGAACUAUCAAGUGCAAUAUGUAGAUACAGAGUUGUAUCACGGCAAUUCCAGCCAAACCCAAAUGACGUAUCCCUUUUGCCCUGUUGGCGAUUAUCAAACGAACGGUCAAACUUACUACUCCACGGCGGCAGGCAGCAAUUACGCAACCGCUUCGGUCGCAAACGGACCCACAACACACGCUUCGUCCCUGCCGUACCUGGUACCCGUGGAAGAGGGAUUAUUGCUGAACACUUCAUCGCAAUCGCAUAGUCGCGACUCGCCACAUAGCUUAACGGAAGUGGCUUACAUUCAGGAGGCGCAGAGUACACCGCAAACGCCCACAUCUACAACAACUACGAACUCGGUGAGUGGCGGUAGCAUCGGCACUGGCGGCGGGGGCGCAUCGCCAGACAGCGAACAAAAUGGACUCGGCACCUCCAACAAAGUAGCCUCAGCCACGAUCAAGUGGUUGUCACGCAACUACGAGACGGCCGAUGGCGUCAGUCUACCCCGUUCCACGCUGUACAACCACUACAUACAGCACUGCAACGAGAACAAAUUGGAGCCGGUGAAUGCCGCCAGUUUCGGCAAACUAAUUCGUUCGGUGUUCUCUGGCUUGCGUACACGUCGUUUGGGCACACGCGGCAACUCGAAAUAUCACUACUAUGGCAUACGCAUCAAACCGGACUCGAUACUGAAUCACAUGAUGGACGAAAAGCCGACGUAUUCAACACAUUCCGGGAAUAGUGUGUCGACCGGCAUUGGACAUUCCACGGCCGGCGGCGGUGUAGUGUCGACCAGUGGAGGCGGCGGCAGCGGCAGUAGCAAUAUGCAGAACAAUGGCAAUCGCAGUUUGAAGAAGUUGAGCUUCAAGCCAGAAUCCUACGAAACUUGUGCACAGUAUUUGGGCGAUGGCGCUGGCGCGAUUCCCUCGUUUCCCGCCAUCGAAUUGAAUCACACGUACAGCAGUGAGCUCUCGCUUGAGGAUGUGGAGACAUUUCGCGCCAUGUACCGCGAGCAUUGCGAAUCCUUUUUGGAUGCUGUACUGAAUCUGGAGUUCAGUACCAUUGAAUAUUUGUGGCGUGACUUUUGGCGUGCCAACGACAACAACAAUUUAGAGGAAUGUGAAGAGGAGAAGUAUCUGAGCAAGACGAAACUAUAUCUGCUAUGCCAUUGCGCAGAAGUACAAAAGUUUAUCAAAGAGGUUGACUAUCAAUUCUACCAAAACAUGGUCGAUGUAAUCAUUCCCGAUGUUCUACGCUCCAUACCGAAUGCUCUCACACAAGCCAUUCGCAAUUUCGCCAAGAAUCUGGAGCUUUGGUUGUGCGAAUCCAUGGCCGGCGUGCCUGAUCGCUUGGUACAAAUCAAAUCGGCAGCGGUGUCGGCAUUUUGCCAAACUCUGCGACGCUACACCUCGCUCAAUCAUUUGGCGCAAGCAGCGCGUGCCGUACUCCAAAAUAGUUCGCAAAUAACACAAAUGCUGAACGACUUAAAUCGUGUGGACUUCCAUAAUGUUCAAGAACAAGCAGCUUGGGUAUGCCAAUGUGAGCCGGCGGUAGUGCAACGUUUGGAGAAUGAUUUCAAGUCGGCACUGCAACAACAAAGCUCCUUGGAACAAUGGGCCUCUUGGCUGCAACUGGUCGUUGAUUCUGCCCUACAGGAGUAUCGUGGCAAGCCCAGCUACGCCAAGGCAGCGCGCCAAUUCCUACUCAAGUGGAGCUUUUACAGCUCCAUGGUUAUACGUGACCUGACACUACGAUCCGCUUCCAGUUUCGGCAGUUUUCAUUUGAUACGUUUACUCUAUGAUGAGUAUAUGUUUUACCUGGUCGAGCACAAAAUAGCUGAGGCACAGCAGAAGACCGCCAUAGCGGUUAUUUGCGAUCGCAUGCACAAGGAUAUAGACUUCGAGUUUGACUACCAGUUGGAGUUUAUCAGCGAGACCCAUGAACAGCAGCAGCAACAACAACAACAACAUAACUCAGUGAACAUCAACACUACUUCCUCUGUCGGCAAUCCUGCGAAGCGUCUAAAGCACGAAUGAGUAAGUGCCGCGGUAGAACUGCAGAGCGUACACCGAACGACACCGAGCAGUAUUCAAUGUAACGAUGUUGGCGUGCUGCAGGCAAAGUUUGCCGAGUAUCUUUGCUUGUUGGCAUCCUUAUAGUGGUAGUAGCACUAGUUGUAGUCCAUAAAAGAUAGCCAUAGCCAUAGCUGCAAGAAACGCCAUUGAAGCACCAAAUAUAUACAUACAUAUAUAUGUAAUAAUGCAAAAGAAUAUAUAUAAUAUUAUAUAUGCAUGCGCGUGCGCGAGAACUUGCAUUAUACGAGUAUGUGUUAGCAAAGGAAAACAUUUCCAAGCAUUUAAGCAUUUAAAUAAUACAGACAUACAAAUUAAGCAAGUAAUAUUUAAUUUUUAAGUUUUUUUUAACGCAUGUUUAUUUGAAUAGAAGGCAAGUAAUUUGUAAUUGCCACCAAAUAGUGUUAAGCCGUCCAUACAUAAAGAAAAUGCCGACACCCCAAUUGUGCGCCUCUAGCGUAUGUGCUUGUGGGUGUUUAUUGAUUGUAAAGUUGUUUUUCGAAGAAUUGGUACAAUACAAUACGUAAAAAUAUACUAUGAAAAUAAUUAUCAUGUUUAGGUGUCAUAUACAUAAUAUAUGUAUGCUUGUAUGUAUAGUUGUUGCUUUUUAUGCCUUUGCAUAUAUAUAAAAAUAUAUAUAUGUUUAUAUAUGUAUAAAAUAUCAUCUAGUGUCAGUUUUGUAAGGUUUCACGAAGUAUGAACGCCAUUGUUUCCCGGCGGAAAGUGAAAAUUCCACUACUUGGAACUUCUGCCGCUCCAGAAAUAAUAUUCCUAAGAAGAAGAAGCGAACCGGCAUCUAAAAUUAACUAUACGCUUUGGCUUGUAAGCACUUUUUUACGUUGUGGAUAAAGGACACAAUGUGAAACGAAUGAAAUGAUAACUAAAAUUACUUUGUUUUUGUACAAAAACUGUAAUCUUUCAAAAAUUGGAAUCACUUUUUAUUAGGUUUUUAACUUCUUCCAACUUUAUCGCCAGUCAAUUUCGCACUUAAAAACUUUGAAGUGCCAGCUCAGUAAUACAAAAUAUAUUCUAAAAUCGCCAUAAGAAGGAAUAUCUUCAAUUUCGCUCCCAUUAGCGAAGAUUUUUGCUCAAAUAGCGUAAAAAGUAUUUAAAUAUAGUAUGACUUUAAUUUGGAUAUAUUUUUUAGCAUUUAAAUUUUAUUUUUUAUCGCACAAAUAUCUAUAUUUGAGUAUCUCAGUACAAUAUUUUUGUUCUUAGAAGUUUCACUAAAAAUUUUUGAAAACUAAAUACCUUGUAAGAGGUUCAAACAGCCAUCAAAUUUAGUUAAUUAGCAAAUUGUAGGAGUUAUAGAAAAAUCGGAAUAAAUUUUUCAUUUUAAGGUUAUGUUAUUAAAUCAACUUACCUACAUGUUUCUUAUUUUCUAAUCAAAUUUAAAAAAUUAUGUAUAAAAGAUAUGGGUAUCAAAAUGUGUAUCUAAUUAAUUGACCGUUAUUUCGAAGCCCAUGCUUCAAAAGCCGCACUGAAAUAUCAUUAUAAAAAAUAAAUUUUGCCUUGGCUAUAUUAAAUUUGCUUAUAUUCUAAUAUAUACAUUUAUAUAAAUGAUCAGCGUGACGAGCUGAGUCGGUUUUGCCAUGUCGCAUAUACACGAUUUAGUCUCUCGAACUGAAAACACGUCAUUUUCUCUCCAAGAAGCUGCUCAGUUUUAACGCCGAUAUCGAACCACUAUAGCAUAUAGCUGCAAACAAAAUUACGGAUCAAAAUCUUACACAAAAAACUUUGCUAUUUGAAAAGAUAUAUUCACGAUCCUAGCCUUUUAUUGCUCAAGGCAACGCUACAAUGUCCGAAUAGUUUUUUUUAGAUCAGAACACUAUAGCAUAUAGCUUUUAUACAAACUAACCAACCAUACUUAUUUUAUUUGUGAGAAAUAUUCUAUCUUCGGUGUAACCGGAAGUUUUUUUCCGUUUGAAAUUCCCAACGCCAUUCCAACAUAAAUAGGAUUUUUACUUAAAGAUUCAAAAACCUUUGAUAAGGUGAUGCCUAUUUGCUUAAGAGGUUAGACCAGUUUAAGAAUUACACAAAAAUUCCAAAUAUGUUUUAAAAAACAAUUUAGAUUUCUAAAAAUAUUAAUAAAUUAUUAGAAAAGUUGUGUCCAACCCACUGUAGUGUCGAGACGUUUGGGUUGAACAGCUUCAGCACCUAGAAUUUGAAACGCAGGCGCCAUUUUGUAUACCGUCAAUACAACACAUAAAGCCUUUCAGAAAUUUAAAUCCUUUUUCUUUAUUCCAAAAAUUAUAAAUGAAAAAAAUUUACCUUUUUUCAAAGUUCUAGAUUGGUUUAACCCCAUAAUAGGCCAUAACAGUUUGCAGAACUAUAUUAAAAUUAUAUAAUAUUGAACACGAAUUCAAAAUUCAUGAGUAUUUUAGAUGUUCAUUUACCAGUUUGCUAGUCAUAAACGUGUUAAUAAACUGCUUUUAUUUUAGAAAUUUUUUUUUUCAAAAUGUUCACAUGCAUCACCUAGCAUUAAAAAGCAUUGCGUAGUUUAUAAAUAAAAUUAUUUUCGACUGCAGCACUUAUUGUGGGUAAUUUAAAUAAAUGUAAAUUAGAAGUUUUUAUAAAAAUAAAAAUAUAUACAUACAUAUAUAUUAUAACAGUAAUAUAUUUAAUAAUAAAAUUUCUUUACAACGCAUACAAUGUUUCAUGUACAAAUAUGAAUCGAGUAUUUUUAUAAGAUGAUUAAUACCAAACAGCACAAAGGAAUAUAAAACUAUAUUGUUCUGCAUAGUCAAUAAUUUCGUAAUUGCUCAAAGAACUCUAUGAAUGUAAUUGUUAUAUGUAUAUUUUAUAGUAAACGCAAUAAACAUUCCAAUGCUCAAACCUUCAUUGUAUUAAAUAUAUAUAUGUGUAUGUGUACUUAUAAACAUACAUAUUUACCUAUAUCGUAUACAUAUAAAUAUCGGUACAAAAUGUGGCGCAAUUCGUUUUGACUACAGCGAAAAAAAUUCAGAAUUGGUUGUUAAAAUUAAGCAAAUAUGCUACAAACUAUAUUUUUAAGCAAUGUGAAAAUAUACUAACUAUAAAACCUUAUAAAAAAUAACAAUUUUGGAAAUCAAAUUAUUUACUAUGACUCUAAAUAUAUGUAAUGCAAAAUAAAGAACUAUCAAAUAUA